UAUUAAUAGUUGAAAAUACUCUUGUGCCAAAACAUUUGGCAAGUAAAAGGGGUUUUUAGCGUGAAACAAGUGUUUUUCGACAUUAAGAGUGAACAAGUAAAAACAUUACACUAUGGUUUGCUUUUGAUCCUGAGUUCGAGAAAUGGCGUGAAUGUUUCUGUGGCUGUCUUCAUGUAGCUAAUCAAUGCAAGAAGGACAUCAUGUUCCCGACAAGACUUGAACAUUUGUUGUUAUUUGGAUGUUUAGUUCCGAUUUUCAUUUCACAUGGAAUAACUUCUACUUUCCCAAGGAUGGAAAAACCAAAUAGAAUUUCAGACUUCGGUGAAAACAAGAAAUAUAUGAAAAUACAUGGGAUUAACGAAAGCAAAACCCACGAGAAUCAAGCUGUUAUGUCAAGUGGCCACGCCGGAGAAAAACAUAAUACAAUGACAUUAACACAUCGAUCUGGUUUUAAGAAAUUGUCCCGGGAUGAAAUUAUGCACGCAGGAUUUCACAACAGAAGACUAAGACAAGAGCUACGAAAGAGACAAAUGAUAGCCCCGGGCUACUAUCAAGCCGAAUGCUCUGAGAAGAAACCCUGCAAGGAAGGAAUGUAUUGUAACGUGCUUUACUGCGAGAAAUGCCACAAACUUAAUGUAGCUUGCUCUGGUAAGGAUCAGUGUUGUAAAGGGCUCAUCUGCGGUUUUGGAAGGUGCGAGAAAAAGUCUAAAGGAGACCCAGGGACAUUUUGCGAGAAAGAUACCGAUUGUAAAGACGCGUGCUGUGUAUUGGAACCAACUAUCAACUCCCAUUUGCCAAUAUGCAAACCUACCCUGGACGAGUACCACCAGUGCGCGGCGAUUUUAUACCGUAAGAUCUGGGUAGGAGAGAAGCCUGACUGUGGACCGUGUAAGGCUGGGCUCGAGUGCGUCCAAAAAGGUGUUUUUGGAAGCCACGAGGUGUGUAUGAAGCCGGAGUAGCAGAAAUGGAUGAUGUCUCGCAAAGCUGACGGUUUUCCGCUGCCUUCAGCCAUCUAGAACAAAUAAUCUCGCACUGGACCAAAACCGAAUUUAAUAUGUCAUUUCCAUAGUGAACAAAAAUGAGUAAAGACAUUUUGCAUUAACUGGGAACUUCUCCUGUCGCUGAUCUUUUGUUCAAACAAUAUUCUGAACGGAUUCAUGACCCAACUCAUUCUUUCAAAUGGCCAGUUCCCUCUAUGAGACGUCCCUACAGGGAAUCAUACUUGUUGUAUUCAUCAUCUAGUACUCGGGAUUUUUGUUUUAAUGAAUACGACUACGGUGCCAUGAUUGUAGUAAUAAGCUGUCAAAGCAUUCCAAAGAUAUAUGUUAUUUGCCGGCUGGAGGCCCGUAUAGUGAGAAAAAGGUGACCGAGGUCUUGAAAAUGCUGUCCGAAGCCGCAGGCCGAGGUGGAAUUUUUCAUAAAGUAGUCAGAGCUAUGACUGUGGUACAACAAGUUUAUGAAAUCGACUACCUCAUAAGCUAAACGUUGUAGUUUGUUUGGUAACAAUAUUUCCCAUGCACGGUGGAGUGCAUGGUAACGGUGAAUAUAUUAUACAGUCGAACCUGUGUAUAACAGUCCUGUAUUAAGCGGCCACCCCAUGUUAAGCGGCCAGUUUUCAAAGUCCCGAGUUUUCGCUCAUACCAACGCUGUAUUUGUUACCUGUAUUAGGCGCCCACCUCUAUUAAGCGGCCGCGGCCACCCUGUAGCAGUCCUGUUUGUCUUUCUUUGUUAUUUUUACCUGUAUUUUAAUACAGGUAAAAAAAGCGGCCACACUUGAAAGGAAACUAAGCUACCUGUCAUUUUAUGCAGUAUUUUAUUGUGUUUAAAAUAUGACCCAUCAUAACUAUAAAAAAAUAACAUGUACAAAGCUACUUUAAGCUGGUUAGCGAUUUAGUAUCGUUAACGCCUUCCAGAUGUCUUCAAUGUUGUGAUGUACAGUACCAUAUCACGAACGCAAAAAAGAAAAACAAGUGUUGUUUAAUUAGCUUGUUCUUCAGCCAUGUGAUGGAGAAUGAAUCGCCUUCAAACGUAUACUAGCAACGAAUUUCCAGGCCAUAACCUCCACCUCUGUUAACUCGCUUGCCCUUUACCGUAACUUUCCCGUGGUUUGUUGGCCGCUUCAAAAAUUUAGCUGGACCACGCCUAGUGAGUAGUUUCGGUGAUUCUGUAUUAAGCGGCCACCUGUAUUAAGCGUCUAGUUCCUCAAGUCUCGAGGGUGGCCGUUAUAUGAAGGUUUGACUGUAUAUUGAACCAGCCAGCUUUUAAACUUAAAAGCUUAUAAUUAGGUUUUAAAAACAGGAUUCCACUUCGCUUCUUCGAGUACACUGUCAAACGCUUUCUUAAAAUCUAUGAAAGCUACACCAACGAGUUUUGCGUCGUCGGCCGGUUUUCAAGCUAGUUUCAGCUAAGCCCGGCAUAGUCAAU